AUGACUCCUCGACCAGAAACUCAACCAGCUCCUAUGAACUCAGAGGUAGCUCCUCCUAUCAUUCACGCCAGCUCACCUUUAAUUGAAACUUCCACUGAUCAACACCCUAUUGAAGAAGCCAGUAAUGUUGUCCCUUCAGCCAAUCGUGUUUCAAAGUGCAAACGGCUUUCAAGUCCAACACCUUCUGGCAAUCCUCUCCCUUGGCAUCAUCGACCAGAAACUCAACCAGCUCCUAUGAACUCAGAGGUAGCUCCUCCUAUCAUUCACGCCAGCUCACCUUUAAUUGAAACUUCCACUGAUCAACACCCUAUUGAAGAAGCCGGUAAUGUUGUCCCUUCAGCCAAUCGUGUUUCAAAGCGCAAACGGCUUUCAAGUCCAACACCUUCUGGUGACCAAAUCCAAUGUUCGUCCAAUAGGAAAUCCUCUCCCGUGGCAUCAGCACCUGAGGAUCUUUCUGUUGGAACAUCCAAGAAGAAACCGAAUUCCCCGGACGCCAUUGGAACUUCCCCAGCCCCUUCGAAGCAAACUAGGCGUUCUGGACCAAAACUCCUGAACUUUGACCCAGGCUACCUCGAGAGGCUAAGCAAAAAGGCCAUCACAGCAUCGGAAGCUUGUCAACCUAGUCCAACCCCCCGGCGGUCACCUCCUGCUCCAAUGGUACCAUUGAUUACGCCGCGCUCGCCACCACCUCAAUACACUGAAACUCCUGUCACCGCACCCCAAGCUAAUGCAAUCUACAAACCCAAUACUGAAUCUUUGAAUGCAUCAUAUGUUCAUGAAACUCAAAUAAUUUUUUUACUUCGACUUGCUGCUACUAGGGCUGGAGGAGCAAAAUCAAUUGAAGCUAAAAUCUUGGCUCAAUUAUGA